GCACAAUUUGCCACCAGAAACAUUCACAUAUGAUCACAAAACCACCAUUUAAACCUGCAACUGUGUGAACCUGGCUAUCAACAAAGAGACAAAAUGUCGGCAUCUCUGGCCCCUGAGUGCAGUGAUGUCAAGGAGAAAUAUGAUACCUGUUUUCUGAAAUGGUACAGUGAGAAGUAUUUGCGAGGAAACUCAAAUGAUGAAUGUGCCGAGCUGUUCAAGAAAUAUAACGCAUGUCUGACUAAAGCGCUGAAAGAUCGAGGGAUCGACUCGAUGCUUGAAGAAGCUAAGCAGGGCUCCAAGGAUAGCGAUGCCGAGCAUCUAAAGCGAUAAUCGAUAUUUUCAGUUCAGCUAUGAUGACGUUAACAACUCUCCUCUCAACCACAA